AUGUGGGCAGCGCGCGCAGAAGCGGCACACCAGUGGCGACAGUUCCAAGCUCAGCGCAAGUUCAACAAGUGUGCAAGCGCGGUUGCCCUCUAUGAGCAGAAGAUGUCGGACUAUGAUGUUUGGCGUGAUCGUAUUAUGGAGGCACCGCGAACAGAGAUCGAGAGGCGGCGCGAUUGGCUGGCAUCUCAACAAGGGUACUCUCUGGCUGAUGUCGACAAAUAUCACAAAACUCGUUUGGGUAGAGCCGUGAGCGUGCCAUGA